AGAAAGUCAAGAGUUGGUCCUUGACUCCUUUCGUCAACACGCUCUAUUUUAUGCAGAUGCCUCUCUGCUCCCAUACAAAUACACUUCUCAAAAUCAGGAUAAAUAUUUCCUCGUCAUCCCAAAACCUUUUCCCCACGGGAAGACAUUUCACACGAGUUCUCAAAAUCCGAGAAAUCAAUUCCACAGGAAAACAAAUUUCCAUAGAACGAGAGACACAGAGAGAGAGAGAGAGAGAGAGAGAGAGAGAGAGAGAGAGAGAUGCGCUUUCUUUCUUUCUAUCUUUGAUGGACUGGUUCUGUAAACUACUGAAAGCCACGAUGAGCAGGUCGAAGAAUUUCUUUCAGAAUCUCAUCAAGCCUUUCAAACUUGGUUCAAGCAGAGAGGGACAGAAUGAAGAAGACUUGGAGAAGAUUGCUCAGCAGGAACAGAAGCAGUUUCCCUUUGAGACCUUAGUUGCUGCAACCAAAGAUUUUCACCAAACUCACAAGCUCGGCGAAGGCGGCUUUGGACCCGUUUACAAGGGGAAAUUGGAUGAUGGGAGAGAGAUUGCAGUGAAGAAGCUUUCACACAGCUCGAAUCAAGGGAAGAAAGAGUUUAUGAAUGAGGCUAAGUUGUUGGCACGCGUUCAACACCGAAAUGUCGUGAAUUUGUUGGGGUAUUGUGUCCAUGGUGCGGAGAAGCUACUUGUUUAUGAGUAUGUCUAUAAUGAGAGCCUUGAUAAGCUUCUAUUCAAGUCGAAUAGAAAAGAGGAACUUGACUGGAAGCGGAGGUAUGACAUAAUUGCAGGCAUUGCAAAGGGCUUGCUUUACCUUCACGAAGACUCACACAAUUGCAUCAUCCACCGGGAUAUCAAGGCCAGCAAUAUCUUACUCGAUGAUAAGUGGAUUCCCAAGAUUGCUGAUUUUGGCAUGGCCCGUCUCUUCCCAGAAGAUCAAACGCAUGUUAACACCCGUGUGGCUGGUACCAACGGGUAUAUGGCUCCGGAGUAUGUCAUGCAUGGACAUCUAUCGGUGAAGGCUGACGUGUUCAGUUUUGGGGUUUUGGUUUUGGAGCUAAUCAGCAGCCAAAGGAACUCAUCAUUCAAUUUACAGGUUGAUGCACAGAAUCUGAUUGACUGGGCAUACAAGCUUUACAAGAAGGGCAGGAGCUUGGAGAUAAUGGACUCCACGUUGGCAUCGUCGGCAGACACUGACACUGCCCAAGUAGCAAUGUGCAUUCAAAUAGGACUGCUAUGCACGCAAGGUGACCCGCAACUACGGCCCAACAUGCGACGUGUGGUGGUUAUGCUAUCAAAGAAGCAUGGCACCCUGGAAGAACCGACUCGACCGGGAGUACCCGGAUCUCGGUAUAGAAGAUCUCGCCGGCCGCCGGGACUGUCUUCCAUCAGUGGACCUUCCGGCGACUCAGAUUCCCAUACGUUUGAGUCUACCUCCAACACCAAUAGUGCAACUGCCACCGCUUCUGCUAGCCGAGGAUCAGACCCGCAUGGGAAACGUCCCAUGCUGAGUUAGGCCAAUUCUUAUUAGGAGAUUUUUGUUUAUUCAUUGUGCAUUAUAUAGAUAUAUAUGGUUUUUUUUUUUUUUGGAGCCCAUUGUAGACAUGUAUUGCAGGUCUGUUUAUAUGUGUAUAUCUUAUAGAGAUAAAAUUUAGUCAAUAAAUAUAGGAAUUAGGAAAGCAAGCCUUGAAGCUUGGCAGGUCUGAAAGUUUUGCCAUAUAUCAUUACCAUGUGUUUUUUUAAA